UAUAUAAAUUUGUUACGAACAGCAUGAUAGCAGUCAGCGAGUUAGAUAUUGUAAACAUAUUGCAUUCUGCGAUAAUGAUAAAUAGUGAGACGUACUACCAACGAUAUCAGCUAUAAAGUGCCUUGUAUAACUCUCGAUUGAUCCAUAUUGAAAUAUUUUUUUGUACAAAAACGUAAUCAUUUUUACACGUUCUUUACAUUUUUGUGCAAUAAUCGGUUGCCUUUGUAAUGUACCUUUAAUUUUUUUAAAAUAUUAAGUUGCAAUUGUGAUUGUAAUAAUCAUGGAUGCGCGAUUACAAGCUCUGGAUGAGCACUAUAUUAAUCUGGAAUAUGGCAACUACAAAAAAGAAGCACUUAAGAAAAUAUCUAUUUUAUCCAAAGACGUAAGAAUUCCAGAUGUUAAUGAUUUCUCAGAUAGAUUUCUUAAAGCAGCAGAUAUAAUAAAAUCAAAUUUAUCUCUUUUCAAGUGUGCUUGUGAACAUGUAGACAUAGCUACUACUCUUUUCAAAUACUUGAUUAAUUAUGGUAUAAAGCUUAGGCAUGAAUUUAAGUUUGAUGAAGAAUAUAAUGAAGAUGAUAAGAUCUUUUUAAUAAUAUUUAACAUCCUGAAUCUAUCUAUAGAAUUCGAAGUGCAAUUAUUUUUGGAAGAUGUCAUUGUCCAAAAUUCAGUACUAGGAAACUCAAUAUAUGGAUGCAAGAUUUUUAAACAUAUCAAUGAAAUGAUACUUUUAGAAGAUUCAGAUUUGCAUGCAGCUAUCAGCUAUUUGAAAAAUCUACUCUAUCGUCUUAGAAAAGCUGGUCUAUUCUGGUCUUUAAAUAAAAUAUGGAUUCAAGAAACAAUAAAAGAAAAAUUUUUAUGGCUUAUAGAUCAAUAUUCCCUAGAUUUAGAUCUUCCCAUUUGUACAUUUCAAACAAAGAAAGAAUUAUUUACAGCCAAACCUUUAUUUAACAACAUACCACCUAAAAAUAUAUAUAUAAAAUCUAUAUGGACGGAAGAUAUUAUAGCUGCCGAAAAUUUAGCGAGAUUUUUAAAUGAAAAUGUUUUAUUUAUAAAUGCUCACAUGAAUUUCUAUGAUGGAAUUGUGCUCUUGCCAUAUAUAAAAACAUUUGACGUAAGAUUGCCUAAAGUAUGCGAGUCUAAUCAGGAUUAUUAUGCGAUAAAACCAAACUUGCAUAAAAAUGCAAUCUACAAUUUAUUCUACAAUGGUAUGUGGCAAAAACCUGUAAAAGGUGCAUAUUGGUUACACAAUGACAUUCACUGGGCAAGUGCCACAAGUGAAGAUAUUAAUAGAUGCAUCAAUUCAGCUGAGAAAGGAUUUAAAAUUUGGAGUAAGAAAUCUAUUGCUUGUAGAUUGCAAAUAUUGUCGAAUAUUGCAUCUACAUUGGAAUGUAAAGGUAAAUUUAAAUUGGCAGAUGUAAUAUCAAGAUGGAUACGAUUCUCAUAUAUUUAUGAAGAUUUACUUGAUUCACAUAGUGGAACAUUAAAUAUGAAAGUAACGAAAAUUCGCAAUCCGAAAGGCAUUAUUGUUUUGAGAGAGAAAAGUGAAACUGUUUUGUUUGGUCGACUGAUGCAAAUUUUAACUUUUGGCAAUUCUGUUAUUGUCAUAUGUAAUGAACAUUUCUGUAGUCUGGCACCAUAUUGUGAUAUGUUUUCAACAUCUCAGAUACCUCCAGGUGUUAUAAAUUUCUUGUCAAAUAAGGAUAUAAAAAAACUAGAGUUAGAUUUGUGUGAGACAAACUAUGAAUUUUACGCAAAACGCUUUUUCACGGACACCUUCGAGAACAUACAUACAACUCUUACCAUACUCAAACAAAUAAUAGUACCUUUGAAGUAAUUUUAAUAUACACAUUGACCUGAUAUUUCAUAACAAAAGAAUGGGUAUAAAUAUAACAAUAUAAUAUAAACAUUAUGACACA